GAAAACAUUUUUCUUUUCUAUUACACCAUCUUCGAUCUCUUCUUUUACGUUUCAGCACCAUGGCUUCUCAGUACGCUAAGGACCAGAUCCCAGGCUUUAUCAAUGCCAUCAAGAACGUGGCUAUUGUUGGUGCCACAGGACAAAUCGGAAAAGUCUUCACCGAGCACCUUCUCAAUUCUGGAAAGCAAACCGUGACCGCCAUCACCCGCAAGGGUAGCGACACUACCGUGCCUGAUGGCGCCAAGCUAGCUUAUGUUGACUAUGAUGACGAGAAUACGCUAGUCGAAGCCAUGAAAGGCCAAGAUUUCCUAGUCAUCACCUUGGCUCUCACUGCUCCGCCAGAGACCCAUAGCAAGCUGGUCAGGGCAGCCGUCAAGGCGGGCGUGCCCUAUAUUGUGCCUAAUGCCUACGGCGUUGACUUCUACGGCCACCCCAAGCUGGAGGAAGACAUUCCAGUCCUCGGAUACGUCCACGCCAGCGUCAAAGAAAUUGAGGAGGUUGGUGCCAAGUGGUUCGCUAUCACGCCCAGCUUCUGGUAUGAGUAUAGCUUGGGCGUUGGACCUUUUACAUACGGAUUUGAUUUCCCUAAUGACACUGUCACUCUUUACGACGAGGGAAAGACUAAAGUUAACACGACCACUUGGCUGCAGACUGGCCGUGCAUUGGCCGCCUUGGUCAAUCUUAAAAAGCUUCCACAAGAUGAAAACGACAAGUCCACAACCCUAGCACAAUUCGCCAACAAACCCGUCUACAUCUCUAGCUUCACUCUUAAUCAGCGAGAGUUGCUCGACAGCGUCAAUAAGCUGCUGGGUAAGACAGACAAGGACUGGAAUAUCACCUAUCAGCCUACCGAAGAGCGUUUCAGAGAGGGACUAGAGGAACUUGGCAAGGGAGAUGGAAGAGGUUUCUUGAAAGCUUUGUAUGCUCGCGCGUUCUAUCCUACCGGUGAGGGUGUUUAUGAAACCCACAAUAGCCUUCUUGGGCUGCCUCAGGAGGACCUGGCUGAAGCUACGCUGGCGGCGCAUCAUUGGGCUAUUGCACAGGCGAAGAAGGCCGGGAAAUAAGGUAACCAAGGUCAGAUUCCGCAUAACUUGCUAACAGUUCCGGAUUGUCUAUCUGCGAUGUGCAUUAGUAAACCUUAAGUACUACCC